AUGACCCCUAAAGAAAGCUGGCCUAGAAAGGAGUAUGGGUGGUUGCAUGAUCAGCAUAUCGUAAAAGGAUUAGACAUGUCCGGAAACGUCUAUGCGUAUCCAUCUCCUUACAAAGGGGGAAGAGUUGCUUUCCUUGAUUCUAUCUUUUGUCGAGUUUGGUGUGGAGACUAUCGAAACAAAUUUCUACCAAACGAGAAGAGUUGGCUAUUCAGUGAUGGUUAUUUGGACGUUGCCAACGGUCACUACGACCAUUACUUGCCUACACACAAGAAAUGGGGGACAGAUGUUGAUUUCGUGUAUAUCGCCCACAACGUGAACAACGAACAUUGGGUAGCCGUUGAGGUCGACAUUCCCAAAAAAAAGAUCCGAGUGUUUGAUUGCAUUCCAGAUUUAUACAGAAAAGGCGAGGUGGAGGAGUCUGUGAAGCCCUACGCGAGGAUGAUUCCGCUGUUGUUGAAACAUAUGGCACCACCGGAGCUCAAGAAGGGUAUGAAGGAGGGGCAGUUUCAUAUCUACAUGUAUAAAACAGCGGCACUAAACAGACAGACAGGUGAUUGUGGCGUCUUUACUUUGAAGACCAUCGAGUGUUUGGCUUUGUGCCAUAAAUGGGACCAGCUGAAAGAUAGCAACAUGCCUCUCAUUCGUAUGAAAUACGCAGCUGAGAUUUUUGAUGAGGUACAUGAAGCAGAAGAAUCCCGGAUGUCUGAUCCUAACCCUCGAAGUUUAUUUGAUGACAAGUACGGUUUACAGACAGACUCCGCUAACUGAGAUCUUCGUUUGGUAGACC